GCUAGUUUACCCGUCGACAUGUAGCUGUAGCCUGUAACCUUUAUUUAUUGGGCACCUUAUCAUCAUUUAUUUAUUUUGUUCUCUGCAUGUUCCUAUUUACGUCAUUGCAAUAGACCUUUUCGAAAAUUUUGUUGAAAAUUGUCAAUGUUUCAGUCCGACUAUGGAAAUUCAACAUUAUUUUGAAGAAAUAAUUGUGGAUGUUGAUCAACUGGACUACUUAUUAAUGCACAACAAUCAUGAUGUCAGGCUAUUAGAAGAAGGUGGUCUCAAAAUGGAAAACCAUUGCCAUGCUUUUAGUGUCCUGGUCAGUGCUUGUGAAAAUGUUCCUGAACUACAUGCCAAGCUCUGCAGAGUAUAUACAUUAAUUUGGACUUUACUUCAGAUAGUGGAAAAUAAACUGGAAGGCUGUGGUUUACCUGACUGGCCAUCAUUCCAACUAAGUCUCCUACCUACACAAUCUGUAGGCAGACCAAGCUAUGAUAUUCAAUAUGACCAGGUAGCGUUCUUGAGAAAUUUGGGCAUGUCUUGGUCUGGGAUAUCAAAAGCUCUUAAAAUAUCAAGGCGGACCUUGUAUAGGAAGAAGGCAGAAUGGUCCUUUGAAAAUAUUGAAGCUAACAUUUCUAACGAAGACUUAGCAGUAUUAAUUCAGGAAAUUUUAACUCAAACGCCAAAUGCAGGCGAGCUCAAAGGAUCUGCGCUGCACAUCCUUGGUUUGGUGCAGUAA